AUGGACUCUCACAGAAAGUGCAACUGCUGCUACUGCACUGACAUCAACACCUUUGUAGGAGCAGUGAAGGAGGAAACACUCCAGGAUUCACAGUCUAACUUGAGCUCGACACUUUUGGGGGAAGCAGACUACCGGGAAGACGAGGAUUUUGAAGCAACUUUCUUCUCCAACUUUGGAGUCAACCAGCAGGAGGGCGAGGAGAUGGAGAAUUCUCUGUUCAACUCACCAUUUCUGGAAGAAACAAACUACUUGGAACCCAAAGGAUUUGAACCCGCAAGAGGAGAAGCAGCAGCCUCUGUUGCAGAAGCACCGCAAGCCUGGAAUGGGAAUGAAAAUCGUGGAGGCGGCUUUCUGGAGUCCAACGCUCAGCUGGGGGAGGCGGAUGCCGCCCCCGUGCCGCAGUCCCUGAUGCAGCCUCUGAUGCAACCUGUUGCACAGUCUUCACCGCAGCCCCUGCCGGCAAACCUGCUACAGAUCCCGCAGCAGGCCCAGCCGCAGCCCCAGGAGCUGCCCCAGGAGCAACCCGAGCAGGCCGAGCAGGCCGAGCAGCAGGCCGGGCAACAGCAGAAUCCCCGACGGUACCGCAUCUGCUUCACCCCGUUUCAACUGCAGGAGCUGGAGGCCUAUUUCCAGCGCGUCCAGUACCCGGAUUUGCUUGCUAGAAUGGAGCUUGCCCGACGCCUGGGCUUGCCUGAACCCAGAGUGCAGGUUUGGUUUCAGAACAGAAGAGCCAAGUGGAGACGACUUCGGCGGGCACAAGCAUACAGAAACAUGGUUCCAGUCGCUAUGGGUCCCCCUGUGGGUGUAUACGUUGAUGAUCAUUAUGGUCCCAUUCCGAUUGUGGAGGUUAUUUGGAAAUACUUCCCUAUGAUGCCGCGUCCCAUGCACCCUCAAAUGAUGCCUCUUCCACCCAGGGGCCCUCCACUAUUCAGAAUGCCACUACCAUUUAGGCCACCACCUCCACCUCCAUUUCCCUGGCCACCUGUACCACAUGAUCUCCACAUUCCCAAUGCAGCAAUGGGAUAUAACCCUAACCCCAAUCGCAACCGCAUCCCCAACCCCAUCCCCAACCCCAUUCCCAACCAUACUGAAGUCUACAUCAGUUUUCCCAAAGUGUUUUCCAACCAGAUUUGUAUUGUUCGAAGACACUGUCAAGCAUUACUUAUCAAAUAA